CCGGUACGAGCAGUUGUGGGACCGCGCUUUGCACUUGUUGCCACGUAGGAUUGGUCGGUGGACCUGGUCAAUUCAUCUCCAAAUACACGGGGACUAAGUUUCUGGGGUAGUUUCAAGUGUAUCCGCAGACAUGGUUUCUGUUAUCAACACGGUGGAUACCUCCCAUGAGGACAUGAUCCACGACGCCCAGAUGGACUACUACGGAACCAGACUCGCCACCUGUUCGUCUGAUCGCACCGUGAAGAUCUUUGAUGUUAGAAACGGAGGUCAGAUACUGGUCGCAGACCUCAGAGGCCAUGAGGGUCCCGUGUGGCAGGUAGCGUGGGCUCACCCGAUGUUCGGCAACAUCCUGGCUUCCUGCUCCUACGACCGUAAAGUCAUCAUCUGGAAGGAGGAGAACGGAGCCUGGGAUAAGAUGUACGAAUACACUGGACACGAGUCGUCAGUGAACUCUGUCUGCUGGGGUCCCUAUGACUUUGGUCUGAUUUUGGCCUGCGGCAGUUCAGACGGAGCCAUUUCCCUCCUCACGUUUACGGGUGAUCAGCAGUGGGAUGUCAAGAAGAUCAGCAACGCACACACUAUUGGCUGUAACGCGGUGAGCUGGGCUCCUGCGGUGGUUCCAGGCAGCCUGAUCGAUCAGCCGUCAGGACAGAAGCCAAACUACGUCAAACGCUUCGUCUCCGGAGGCUGCGACAACCUGGUCAAACUCUGGAAAGAGGAAGACGGGCAGUGGAAGGAGGAUCAGAAGCUGGAGGCUCACAGUGACUGGGUGAGAGACGUCGGCUGGGCUCCUUCUAUUGGUCUUCCCACCAGCACCAUCGCCAGCUGCUCCCAGGACGGACGUGUGUUUAUCUGGACGUGUGAUGACCCGGCAGGCAACACCUGGACGGCCAAACUGCUGCACAAGUUCAAUGAUGUUGUUUGGCACGUCAGCUGGUCAAUCACAGGAAAUAUCCUGGCUGUUUCAGGAGGAGACAACAAGGUGACUCUGUGGAAGGAGUCGAUGGACGGUCAGUGGGCUUGUAUCAGCGACGUCAGCAAGGGCCAGAGCGCCGUGUCCACCAUCACAGACACACAACAGAACGAGCAGUGACACACACACCAGCACACACAGCAAAGACCCCUGACCUCUGACCCCUGACCCCAGCCAGGAUGACCACAGUCUUCAAAGAUGAAUUUAGUGUUAGUAAACACGCCGGACAUUUGAACAGACAACAAAACGUUGUCCAGUGAUCGAGCUUCGUUUGUUUAUCUGUUAUUUUCUCAGGCUUCAGCAUGAGUCGGACGCCUCUUCUUUUCUAAACUUUAUCUGAAGGGAGAGAAACAGUCACAGUGGAAAGAUGAAGAAUCUCUGCACAGUGUUUGGUUUCUUUUCCUGUUUCGUUCGAUGUUUCCAAACACAAACAUGACUGAUGAUAAGUACCUGAUGCACUCCACUGUUCCUGCUUUAGGUUGUUCCCAGUUUAGAGUUUUCACACGAACAUUAACACCGGUCCAAACAUUAUUUUAAAAACAACCGUACUCCAUCCCAUGAUGCUCUGCUCCUGAAACAUUCCACCUCCACCAGUGGAGAACAAAACUUCCAGGAUGAUCCCAGCAUCCUCAGCAGCAGCUGAGCUUCUGGUUAACACAAACCACUGAACCCUGUGUUACAUCUGUGAAGCUGUUUUAUUUUCAUUUAUCUCUAAAGUAUUUGGUGUAAAACCAGCUUCACCUCUCAGGCUGAAUUCAAAUCCCCACGCUGUCUCAGUGAGACAAGUCAGAGCAGAGCGACUAAACUGAGUCUGGUUUCUGUUUGGAAAAGUCUCCCACUGAAUAAAUGGAAUAAUAACAAGAGAAUAAAUGAUUUAUUUGGUGAA